AUGCACUCGGACUCUCCGUCAUCCUCGUCGUUACUUCGUUGGCUGAGGGCACAAUGCUCGCGCCGGCGCUAUCAGUGCGCCUUUGGAGCCGCGAUCUUGAUUCUCCUUCUAUUCCACUUCCGUACAACAGUGGUUCCCUUGGAAUCUCCCAGCCGGCUGGCAUCGCAUUUCUCUAAGCCGUCAACGGCUCGCGCGGUGUCAGCUAGAAGCCUUCUUUCACGCCCAAUCUCAAAGGACCCGGUCACGAUUCCCAAGAUCAUCCAUCAAACUUGGUUUCCCGCAGGGAGCAACAUGUCUGAGCGAGCACAGUCAUGGGUACAGACCAUGCGGAAACAGAAUCCAGACUGGGAAUGGGUCUUGUGGGAUGAUGAGACAAACAACAUGCUAGUUGAGACCUAUUUUCCGUGGUUUUGGGAUACUUAUUCAGGACUGCCGAAAGAGAUCAUGCGAGCCGAUCUCGUGCGCAACUUUUACAUGUAUCUCUUUGGCGGAAUGUACGCCGACGUAGAUACUGAAGCCCUCAUCCCGGUUGAACCGCUCUUCACCGGCCAUGGAACUUCGCUGGCAUCGCAUCACAAGACUCUGUCCUCGUUAGGCCCCUAUGAAUCUCCCCUUGUGCAGCGCGCCUUCAUGGGACGAAUGGCUCACAGCGGCGACCUCAUGGCCUCGGCAGCGGUGCCUAACGGGUGGAUGGCAUCUCCUCCAGGCCAUCCGUUUUGGCUCAUGAACAUCAUCUUCCUGAUGGAGCAUCCCGAGGGAACCGGCGAUGGGUCCGUAGAGGGCCUGACCGGGCCAGGCGUUCUCAGUCUGAUGAUCAAGCAUUAUUACGAGAAUUUCAAAAACGAAUCGUUGAGGCAGCAUGUCUGCGAUCGGGUCCAGCAGCGACAGCCUUCCUGGUCGAUUUUCUGCGAAAACGAAUAUGUGCACAAUGAGAAACUAAGAGACGCGCUGAUCCUGCUUCCGCGACAGCAGAUUUAUCCCUUCAGCUGGGCGGACGAUGCAGACUCGGUCUGUCUGGCAGCUUACGACAACCCCCGGUUCGAUGCGGACGAGUGUAAACGGAUCAUGGAGGUCGACGCCUGGCCGAGCUAUUUCAUCACCUACUGUACUCAUUCUUGGUAG